AUGUCUAGCCAAGCCGAAACUCUUCCUGUCGAAAAGCCAUCGGCGACAUCAAACCCUGACCCAAGCCCAUCAACAGAAGUCGCCCCAGUGGCUGAUGACGUCAAGGUCGCGGAUGCCACCAAGCCCAAUGAGGUUCCAUCAAACGAUAAGCUACCCUCUGCAGACGCAAUCCGUAAGGUCGAGGACUAUGUGAUUCUCGAUAACAAAGGUGAAAAGCAUUCGUUCAAGAGUAUCUACGAUGGACCCGAGUCAACGGGGCGCGUUCUGAGCUGCCAAGAAUAUAUCCGCGCACUCGCAGAGUCAAUCAAGCCUGACGAAUUGCUGCAAUUACCAAUCCCUACAUCCUUCGCCAUCAUCGGCUGCGGCGACCCCGGCCUAAUCGACUUCUACGCCACAGAAACGGGAUGUACAUUUCCCAUUUACGCUGAUCCGGCAAACACCCUCUACGAUGACCUGGGCAUGACUACGACAUGGGCCCUUGGCGCAAAGCCGGAGUAUUUCCGCAAGAGUAUGGCGCAGCUUGUGACCGGGUCAAUCAUGCAAGGAAUCAAGCAUUUGGGUAGUGGACUUGCUACGAAAGGAGGAGAUACUAAGCGCGUGGGUGGUGAGUUUCUUUUCGAACCGAGUCACGGAGCAAGUGGGAAAGAGGUCACUUGGUGUCAUCGGAUGACGACUACGCGCGAUCAUACCGGGAUCAAAGAGUUGGCGAAGCUGCUUGAUGCGGAUGGUAAGACUUUGUUGCAGAAGGCGUAA